AUGCGCCCGCCGCCUUCGCGCACGCCUUCACGCGCCCACACUGCCACUCCCAGCCUCAGCGGAAGACCUUCAGAAAUGCCUCCUUCACCAGCACAGUCAGUCCAGGGUGGAAAGAGGAAGGAACGCGAUUUCGAUCAUCAAGACCAGGACCACGAAACAAACAUCAAUGUAGUCGUGCGCUGCAGAGGUCGAAACGACCGUGAGCUGCGCGAAAACAGCGGUGUUGUUGUUUCCACAGACGGCGUCAGAGGCAAGAAAGUCGAUCUCUCCAUGGGCCCGAGUGCUCUCAGCAACAAGACAUACCAAUUCGACAAGGUCUUCUCGCCAGCUGCAGAUCAGGCUAUGCUGUUUGACGACGUCGUUGAACCCAUCCUGGAUGAGGUCCUCGGCGGUUUCAACUGCACAAUCUUCGCAUACGGCCAAACGGGCACCGGAAAGACCUACACCAUGUCUGGAGACAUCACCGACAUGCAGCCUUUACCAGACUCUGCCGGUAUCAUCCCCAGAGUCCUGUACUCACUUUUCAACAAGCUAGGAGAGGACAACGAAAGCUCCGUCAAGUGUUCUUUCAUCGAACUCUACAACGAGGAGCUCCGGGAUCUCCUGUCUUCAGAGGACCACGCAAAACUGAAGAUUUACGACGACAACAGCAAGAAGGGCCAAACCACGACUUUGGUCCAGGGCAUGGAGGAAUCCCACAUCAAAUCAGCAUCCAAGGGUCUUGAACUUCUUAGGAGCGGCAGUCACAAGCGCCAGGUUGCUGCGACCAAAUGCAACGACCUCAGUUCCCGCAGUCAUACCGUUUUCACAAUCACCGUCUAUAUGAAGCGCACCACCGAAACAGGUGAGGACUUUGUUAGCGCAGGAAAACUCAAUCUGGUCGAUCUGGCUGGCAGUGAGAACAUCCAACGCAGUGGUGCUGAGAACAAGCGCGCUGCUGAGGCUGGUCUUAUCAACAAGAGUUUGCUUACCCUCGGCCGCGUUAUCAACGCGCUCGUUGAAAAGAGCUCUCAUAUUCCAUACCGAGAAUCGAAACUCACCCGUCUUCUGCAAGACUCUCUUGGAGGACGUACCAAAACUUGCAUUAUCGCAACUCUAUCCCCAGCGAAGAGCAACUUGGAGGAGACGAUAUCUACACUUGAUUACGCUUUCCGUGCAAAGAAUAUCCGCAACAAACCUCAAAUCAAUCAGAUGGUCACCAAGAGGACUCUGCUCAAAGAGUUCACUAUGGAGAUCGAGAAGCUGAAGAGCGAACUUAUUGCGACCCGCCAGCGCAACGGUGUUUACCUCACACAGGAGGCCUAUGAAGAAAUUACUGUCGAGAGUGAGUCGAGACGUAUUCUCUGCGACGAACAGAAAGACAAGAUCGAAACUAUGGAGGCAAAUCUGCGCAACAAAGUUCAGGAACUCUUCAGUCUGACCACUAAUUUCAACGGCUUGAGAAAGGAGAACGAGCAAGCAAGACUGAUGCUUGAUGGAACCAAAAGUCUGCUCGAGAAGACGGAGCUCGUGCUUAAUCAUACAAAGCGCAGUCUGACAGAAGAGACAUUCAUUAGGAAAGCACACCAAAAGACUGAGUCUAAGCUUGCCGGCAUUGGCGAGGACCUGCUCUCGACCCUAUCUUCCACAACAACAGACAUUUCUGGCUUACACUCGAAAAUUCAACGUAAAGCAGAUUUGCACUCUCUCAACCGAAACAACUGGACCUCGUCGAAAAGCAGAGUGACGAAUACUACCAACACGGUCAAGGACAGGGUUGAGACUCUCAGGCAGCGCCAGGAACAGCUCCUCACAUCCAUGUCCACGAGGAUGCAAGGUUUCGUCUCAGAUGAGUUGCAAGAACUUCAACAAUCCCAGAGAUUCUUGCAGGAGAAGGCAGAAGCUUUCCAGAGAUCGGAGAAGGAGGUCAACGUCCAGACCGCAAAAGCUAGAGACGAUGUUAACGAAGUCCUCGAGGAAAUUAAGACCCUCCGCGAAGAUGUCAAGCAGAAUGUCGGAAACGGAUUGAAUGACCUGUCGGCAGCAGCUCAACGCAUCACUGCUGGAAUUUCCACUGAGCUUGAGAAUUUCCACACACAACUACACGCAUCAUAUGUCUCACUAGGCCGGGAGUUCAAAUCCAUAUUCGACGAUGUCGUCAAACAACUAAGCGAGCAACAAGCAGAGUCUGAACGCUUGCGACAGCAGAUCUUGACUGCCAAUUCAACAUAUAUGGAAGCCGGUCAGGAAUCUAGGACGACUUUCGAGGAAGCUAUGGAAGAGGAGCGCCGUCGCGCUGCUGCAGAUCGUGAGAAGAUGCUAUCUCAGAUCAGCUCCCUGAUCACAACCUCUGCUGAAGCCCAAGAGCGAAGAAUUACCGAACAUAUUGCGCACGCAUCCAAGCGCGUUAAGACUUCUGAGGAUGAUUACAGUGUUGCUCGCGAAACCUACAACGAGAGCUCCGAUGCUCUGGUAGCCAAGUCGAAGUCGCUGAUCGAUUCUUGUGUCCGCUCUCGUGAGAACGUCAAGGCAAAGAUCAAAGGAGACUGGAACGCAGCGAACGAUCAGACCGAGAAAAUCAAGGCGACUACUGAAGUUGUCCACGGCGAGACUGUUCGCAUUGUUGACACACAAAUGUCCAAUAUGGACACGCAGCUCAUCUCCUUGGAUGAAAUCGUGUCUCGCAUCCGUGCUCAAAACGACACUCAUCACACCGCUCACACUGCCUCCCUCGCUCAGCUCUCGAGCGAUGUCCAGCAAUCGUACUCGAACAUCGGAGCUCAUAUGGAGACAUCCUACACUCGUACGCAAGGACUCGACACUGAUAUGCAAAGUCGCACUGCAGAUCUUGCAUCUACACUUCCAGAGCUUAGCUCGUCUGGUGAGAUUGUUCAGACGUUGCAUACUUUGCGCGACGAGAUGAAUGCUUCCGAACUUACCGAGUAUGUUCCUACUGGAGAAACUCCAGCUAAGGUCGCCUACAGCUAUCCUACGAAUCUACCAAGAACAGCCAAUCACGAAUCUCUGCUCGAAAGGCUGCGAAACGGCAACACUGCAAUCGAAGAGAGCCCAGCCAAAGACUCGCAGAUCCGAAACACUCCCAGAAAGCGAGAUGGACAGACACCUUCCAAGGGUAUCAUCUAUACAGAUAAUCCUACCACUACUGGCGGCUCCGAUAUCUCACAUGACGCGGUGACCAAUAGCGAUGCUGCCCGAAACCGUCCUCAUAGCCUACCCGGACAGGUCGGUCUCCGAGAAAUCGACGUCAACGUCAAUGCAGCUUCUUUGCCUGCCCCUACCGAGCACCCAGAAUCCAGAAUCGGUUUGCUCAAAAGAGGCAAUACCAUGCCUCAAUUAGAUGCCAACGCCAAAGUCGACAGCAAGUUGCCUAUGAAGCGACCCACCCGUAUGACUGCUGGCUUGGUCGCUGAAGGCAGAGAGAACAUCGGUGCAGGUGGCGGUGUAGCUGCUGGUAUCAGAAGAUUGAGACCUCGUGGUAGUGACUAA